AUGUCAGCGGGAAACACGCAGAUGAGCAGGAACAAAGACGGAGUGCCUUUGUGGGAUGGAGAUCCAUCCACCUACACGGAGUUCGCAGAAUCCGCACGGCUGUAUGAGCAAUCGGUGCCGCCGUACCAGCGAGCCCAAGCUGGACCUCGCAUAGCGGCGGAGUUGACUGGCGCUGCACGGCGCUAUGUGACCGGUCAACCAGCAGACUGGCUGUCGUACCAAGGAGGUGUCAAUCGACUUCUCGACCACCUUCGUCAGGGUUUGGGCCAGCCUCGCAUUGUGGAAGUUACCGAGCACUUGAAUCGCUACUUCAAGGCCAGUCGCCGGAAGGCCGGCGAAACAAUCAAUGAGUACUUGGCGAGGAAGAAUGAGAUCUACUUGAGGGCUCAACAGGCUCUUCAACGAGUGCUUCCACAUCAAAUGGCGAAGCCCUCUGGCGGGGAGUCUUGGAACAACCAGCGGUUGGGACAAGACCCGGCAGGAUGGAGUCGUCGUACCUCCAUGGAGUCUCAAGGAACGGAGGCUGAUGGCGGUGUGGAGCCAUCCGAUGGCACCACCCAGGCCGGUCCUUCUUCGACGACGUGGUCCGAUGAUGCUUGGCAGGGAGGCUCACACUACAGCUACUGGUCAUGGAACAGCAGCUGGCAGGCACCAUGGUCCUGGGAUUCCUGGUCCUCCUGGGACUGGAGUUCAAGGAUGGACAGUGUGAAGCUGCCAGAGCUUCUUCCUGACUUCGUCCAGGGCUGGAUCUUGUUGCAUGACGCCAACUUAGAUCAACAAGAACGGAACUUGAUCCAGACUGCGGCGGGAGAUAACUAUAGUGUGGCCUCAAUAUCGCAAGCCCUUCGUGCUCAAUUUCCUGAAAGCGAUCUUCGUCGUCGAGAUCAAGGGCGUCGACAACACGGACUUUUGGGAGAUUGGGAAGGUGAUGAUUUCGGGGAGGCGGACGAGAAGACGGACCUGGAGUUUGGCCUCACCGCGGAGGAGACCUUGACGGAAGAGGGGUAUGCUAUGUGGGCGUCGGCACAGGGUGAGCUGGAGAAUGCUUUGGCCACUCUGCAAGGUGCUAGGCGCACACUGCGCGAAGCACGAGCCAAACAACACACUGUGAAGAUGAAUCGACAGUAUUACCGAUCCAACAAUCGUGGCUCGGCUUCGGGAGCUCCUCAACGACCUCGAGAUGACUCCAGUAUGACUUGCUUGGCCUGCGGAAAAGUCGGCCACAGGGCAGCGAACUGCCCCAGUCCGCCGAAGGCAGCCGCACAUGUGACUCAAGAAGAAGCUCCUUUCGUGAUGUAUGCCAACGACCUGGAGGAGCAGGAGGGCAUGUACGCGGAGAACCCGGAGGCAGAGCAGGCUUGGAGCGUGGAGCAACUGCAGUCCACGGCGGCAGCAGUGGACCAAGGCAAAUGUGUCAUCGACUCAGGAGCGACAAAGAGUCUUGGUUCGAUCUAUGCCUUGGAAAAGCUCAUGAAGAGCAAUCUGGAGACCAAGGGCUCGGCAGCGGUGCGCCAGGUGGACCGCGAGAACCGACCGGUGUUCGGAUUUGGGAAUUCCAGUUCUGAUCGCUGCCUUUCGACGGUGACGAUGGAGCUGGAGGCACGAGGACAACAAGGCCAGAUGAAGAUCCACGCAUUGAACAAAGGCCAAGGGCCAGUGCUCCUCUCGAUUGACGCGCUCAGGAAGAUGGGAGCCCAAAUCGACUUUGAGCACGAUUUGAUGGUCCUGAGCAAACUUAGCCGUAGACGAGUGAUACGUUUGGAGCGCUCCAGUACAGGCCACCAAGUGCUCUCGCUGGCCAAGGAUUUGUAUGAGAACUCCUGUGAGGUAGACCGUGAUGUUCCAAUGCUGAGCGACCUUUUGAGCUCGAACUUCAGAAAGGUAGUGGUAAGCGAGUGUCUUUUGCGGUUUCACAAUUUGAUUCAGACCGUGUGGUUCGUGAUGCUCCGAGUUCGCAGAGGACCAGUGUGGAUCAUGAUCCUGGUGAUCCUGCAGCGCAGCGUGACGGCUCAGAGAAAAACCGGACGCCUGAUCCCUACCAGCUGCCACCACAUGGCUCAGGGCAAAGUGUCGGAUCUUCGCGAGCAGCUCGAAGCGAUGGGAGAAGUGGCCCCCAGCAAGUGGACAAAGAUCGAGCUCCUGCAGCGCAUCGAGGAGCUGACGGGCAAGGACCUCUCAGUGCCCACGAAGAAGAGCAAGGAGAUCUCGGAGUACCAGACCCUGGUUCGGGGGCUCAAUCGGGCGGCCCGCUUGAAGUCCGAGUUGGUGGAAUACUGCCAAAAGGAGUUGGGCUUCCUUCCGGGAGCCAAUCUCACGAUCGCACAGAUCAAGCGGGAGGCCAUGUUCCGGGUGUACGACCGAGCCACACCCGACCCCACGGACGCAGUCGGCUUUGGCAAGCACAGCAAUUUGACUUACGAGGAAGUGAAGACACAACAUGCGCAGUAUUGCCAGUGGGUUCAAAAGACAGCUCAAGAGACCGAGUGCGACCCACGGCUGCGGAGGUUGGCAGGAUGGCUCAACAACGACCCGACCGAGAUCGACCGAGCUCGCCGGGAGUACCAGAAGAAUGUGACCGAGCACAAGGGCCAGGCCAAGAGCGGCUACCCGAAGGAACCAGAGAGCCCUCGCGGGCUCAGUGUGGCAAAGGGUGCAAAGUCCGUGGCUUCGUCCAGUGGCGGCAGUCGUGUCUCCAUGGCGAGUGCACAGCUUCAGGAGCUGAUCCAGACGAUGAAGUCGCUGCAGGAAGAUGUGGCGGAGCUGAAGGAGGAGCGACCCCGCAAGAAGGUCCCCAACGAAGAGCAGGAUCUCUCCACCACCAAGAGAUUGGUGGCACACGAAAGGCCCUUUCUCAUGGAAGUCGCGUGUGCCCCAGACAGCCGAUUGACGGCUACCGUGCAGGCCUUGUGUCAGAAGGAAAAAGCAGCAACCCGCUGCACAUCAUGGAACAGCUGUGAGCUUGGAACUGACAAGGGAGUUGCUUUGAUCAUUCAGCGCAUUCAGCAUGAACGGCCUCGACAUGUGUGGUUGAGUCCUUACAGCAGCCCCUUUUCACCCAUGCAGAACGUGAACCAGCGUAACAAACAGCAACAUGACGAGUUGAAGCAAAAGCGGAAGGAGGCGCAGAAGGCCUAUCUUGGGGCUCUCAGCGUUGCUUAUACGUGCCACCAACUAGGAAUCCACUUCACUUGGGAGUGGCCCGAACACAAUAACGCUUGGAGACUCCCUAUGAUACAAAAGAUGAUCCAGAAGUGCCAUCUGUUUUCUGCCGUGACGAAGGGAUGCAGAGUGAAUCUGCGACAUGUGAAGAAUGAUCGAUUGAUCCAGCGGGGAUGGCGCAUUGAGCAGAGUCAUGGACAGGUUCUUCGGGAGAUUCAAGGGGUUCAGGCUCAGAGAGAAUCCACGGAAGCUUCCCAACAAGAAAGCCCCAACCAUGAGCUCGAUGACUCUGAUGCCCUUCCCGGAGCUUUGACCAUGGAAGAGUACGAGGCCCUGAUAAGUCACGACAGUAAAGAGCAAAUUGAACAUGAGGCCCGAGACCUUCUUCAACAACGGGAGUUUUCGUUUCGGAUAUGUAGUGACUUGAUCCAGAAAAUCCCCAUCCAAGCAGUGCGCAAACACCGACAGAUGCUCGGCGAUGAUCGUGCUGUUUACAUGGUUCUGGGAUUGUACUCGUACGGAAACCAGUAUGGUGUGACGAAGAGAACGGCUAUGUUUCCUCAGCUUGUGAAGUAUCUGAACCAUUUCAUUCAACACCACAACCCCGAGGAAGUGUCCCGAACCUCUCUUGUCAUUAAUAUGGACAACCAGCUUCCCUUACAUACUGAUCGUCAUAAUGUGCAACAGUGCGACAAUGUUUUGAUUGGCCUGGGUAGCUACACGGGAGGAGAGCUUUGGAUUCAGCAUGAUAUUUCCGAGGAGCGACCAGAGGCUGAGGAGUGGCACAGAGCACAGGAUCCUGAACAGGAAGAAGAACCAGAAGCCUCCAUGCCUUCCCGCCCCAGUCGCAGUGCCCGCCACAAUCCUACAGGCAGCGGGUUUAACGCCGAGGCCUGGUGGACUACUGUGCCUGAGGCAUCAUACGGUUCGGAGACAGCCUACUGGGCACAUGAAUCGGCUGCUGUGACCGUUGAGAUAGAAGUCCCUGAAAGUAAAAGAGGCAAGCAGGCCAUGACCAACAAUCUAGCGGCGUAUCUUGUCACGAAUCUAAAGCGACGCGCUGUUGAAGUGAGUGAGAAGCGGUUGAGUGAUGAAGAAAGGAAGGCCUUUCAAGAGGCCAAAGCCGUGGAGGUGAAGAAUUUUAUCGCUGCUGAAGCUUUUGAAGCAUUGCCUCCUCAUUUACGACCGCCAAAGGAAACUGCUAUAGGCAUGAGAUGGUUGCUUACAUGGAAAGUGAAGGAGGAUGGCACUGUGAAGCCCAAAGCCAGAGCUAUCCUGCUGGGGUAUCAAGACCCUGGCUAUGAACAUAGAGCUACCACCGCUCCUGUUAUGACCAGAUUGUCAAGACAACUAUUUCUUCAAUUGGCAAGCAAUCAGUCAUGGAAAGUACACAAAGGUGAUGUCACAGGUGCCUUUCUGCAAGGGCGAACUUAUCCGGAUCAACUCCACUGCAUCCCUUGUGACGAAGUAUGUGAUGCCAUGGGCAUUGAGCGAGGCAGCAUCACGAAACUGCGAAAAGCCUGUUACGGCUUAGUCGACGCACCAUUGGAAUGGUACCGUACCGUGGCAGAGUUCCUGGAAUCCAUUGGAUUGGAAAGAUCCUGGUCAGAUCCGUGUUUAUGGCUAUGGCGCCCGGACGGUGUUCUACGAGGCUGCAUCUCAGGACACGUCGAUGAUUUCUUGUUUGGAGGAUCAGAGACAGACCAAGGCUGGCAGAAGAUCUUAGAACUGAUUAAGACCAAAUUCCGUUGGGGGGAUUGGGAGAGUGAUCGCUUCGUUCAAUGUGGCGUCCAAAUUGAACAGGCCGCAGUUGAUGGUGAGGAUUUGCUAUAUCUAGCACGUUACCAGUGGGCUGAGAUGACUCUGGGAGGCGUGGAUGUCAGGCUCGACGCUGGAGCCGUUACUCGUCUGGAGGGACUGUGGAUGGACCGCGGCAUGAUGGUGAUCGGCCGUGGUCCCAUGGAAAUUCUGGCAAUGAACGUGGCAGUACUCCACACUGGCAGACUGCUCCUGAAUGGCUACAUGAUGAAGGUCGUGCUCGUGAACGUGGUGGGUGGAGACAAUCUGGACGCGGUAGCAACUGGCAGUCUGGUUGGGACGUACCCUACUGGUGGGUUCCGCCUUCGGAUGACUGGCGACAAUUUACUUCUGAACAACAUCGUGAUGUUCCUUGGCCCUCUUCCUCCUCGGCAUCUACGCUUGGGUGGUAUCGUGGACAACGUGAAGGUGAACAACAACAUGGCUCUUCUUCGUCUUCGGCUCCAUUUGGAUGGAAUGGGCAAACUCGAGAACGUGAAAGACCACAUGGUUUCUGGCAAGCAGGUCGGUGGGUUCCAAGACAACGCACGGACUCUGAGGAACGUCUACAUCGUGGUGGCCAGGGACCUGUGCGACUGGAACGCCGACAGCGGCGUGUGGAAGCUUGGGAGAUGCGUGAACUUCGUGAACAAAUGGGACGUGUACUACGUGAAGCUGCUGCUCCUCUUCGUGGACCUUCUGGAAGUGCUCCUCGUGGCGAUGGACUACAUCCUGAUCGACCCCCUCGUGAACUUGGACACGGUCGUGCAAGUACUCCGGGUACACAAUCGGCUGAAGACAUUGGCAUGCCACGUUGGGGGUGAGGAUGACGAAGCUGUGCUGUCGCAGUUGAGUGCAGCGGAAACGCGCCUUGACAUGCAGUCGAGUGCAGCGGAAACGCGCCUUGACACCACUGUGCUGAUGCAGUUGAGUGCAGAAGAAGAGGAGCACCUCCAUGAUUUGGGUGUUCCUGACCAGAUACGACGUGAUAUUCGUGACAUGCUACGAACUUUAGAAAACCACCAGGCAGGUGACGUGGGUGCUGAAUUCCGGUGGGGUCUACGGCGUUGGCUACAAGCCUGGCGUCGUGGAUGUGAACAGGCGGAAGCUGUUGCACGCAUACUGGAAGCACGUGUCGAAGGUCCCUUACCCUAUUUUCCAGUGCUUCGUACUCCCCGUGAAAUGGCGCAGCAUGAAAGAUGUGUGGCAUUCAACCGGCAGUGGACUGCAGUGCUUGUGCCGCUGCUUGAACGCUUGGUGGACGUGGCUAUGACGGCGGGAUGUCCUCCUCCUGACAGUACAGGUGCUGCUGCUGGAGGUCCUACUGGUGGUGACGUUGGCAGUGCGGUGAGCGCAUCUGGUGAUGCUCCUGUGCGAGAGCGCUCUCGGUCUCGGGAUGGUGGACCUGUCCGUGUGAGUUCUUCGUCCUCUACAUCCUCACGCCCGCGAACACGUCGUGCAGUUCGUCGCAGUGGGGUGUCUGGCAGUGUUGCUACACGGGAUAAUCCUGCUCCUGGACGUGAUGGUGGAGUCUCUGGUGGUGGUGGAGUCUCUGGUGGGAGUGAUGGCAUGGCUUCUGGCAGUGAGGGUGUCAGCAUGGUGCAGCGACUACAACCUGAAGAAGCGCGUCGACUUCAAGGUCUGGGUGUUCGUCCGCAAACGGUGUUGGCAUUGGGCCGUUUCCUUGAGAAUAUGGCCCAGUGUGAAGAAAAUGCUGCGAAUGCCGAGCUGGAUGUUGCCACUGCACAGUGGUGUCUACAUGCCGUGGAAUGGUCUGUUCAACAUGCCAUUGCAAUGCAGGAUGAACUCCAAGUGAUCUUGACACGCCGUCUUCAACGUUCUCCUGAUGCUCUCCCGCUACCUAUCGAGGAGCAACGUGGGGCGUCAGCACAGGCAGGCCAUGAACUCAUGGUUGGCCUUGCACGGAGCUUUCUCUUGGAACUUCAUGAAAGGUUGUCUAACUGCUGGCUGGAUCCUGAGCGACUUCCCGAACAUCUACGAGGCAUUCCACCCACCAGUGAAGAAGAACGUCCGAGAUCCCGGAGUCCGCGUCGCCCUGAACGUGCUGUGGGUGUUGACAGUGGCGCGGUUGACACUGUUGGGGCCGAACUGGGACGUGCAAGUGGCAGCCAUUCUGAGGGUGACGGAGACGCCAUGGACGGAGACGCCAUGGACGUGGCUGCGCUUAUGCAAACCUUGAACAUUGCUGAGGCGCAAGCACUUGAUGAUGAAAUGGUGAGUGGACACUGUAUUCAUGCCCUGAGUGCUUUGCUGGAGCAAUUCCGUGACCUACGUUUGCGUGCUGCGGACUGUGACGAUGUCAACUGGUACGUGGGUGUUCUGACGGAGACACUUCGUACGGCUACUACGGCGCUUCGUGCGUUGUGCACUGUUCUUGAAGCACGCGAGGGAACUGUGCACCGGCUACCUCCUGAAGAAGAUCGACGUGCACUUAUGGGCCUGUCCGCGGAGUUCAUUCGUGAAGUUGUCCAGAUGGUGAAUGGGUGUCUCGUCACUGGGAUGGAAGCGGCCUGGGUGGAUCCUUGUACUCUUCCUCUUCGUCUUCAAGCACUCCAACCAGAACCUGUUCGACCGGGUCGUGUACGUGAUGCAGAUUGUGAACGUUCUCGCAGUCCUGUACGUGCGGGAGUACGUGAUGGUCGUGAUACACAGAUGGGUUCGGAGUUCUCUGAAGGUGAUGAAUGUGGUGAGGCUAUGUCGUCUGUCGCAGAUCGCAUCGUUGAGGGUGACUUCUGA